AUGGCGGUGUCGUUCGAGGGCGACGACGUGCGGCAGGGCGUGCCGGAGAACCUCGAGAACCUCGUCGCGCCGCACAUCGACUCCUUCGACUAUUUCGUCGAGCGCGGGUUACCAGAAGCUGUUCACCUGAUUCGACCCGUGGAAGUGCACGACUCGUUCAGGAAGCUCAAAUUCUACUUGUGGUGGGAGAAUCCGAGCAUCACAAAGCCUUUUAGCGAGGAUGGCCAGCACCGACCCGUUUACCCCUCAGAGUGUCGCCAGGCGGGCACCACCUACCGGGGCGACUUCCGCAUCGACCUCUGCGUCUCCUACUUUGACGAGGACGAUGACGUGGCGCUUGCUGACGUGGCGAAGGGUCCCAUGCAGCGCCAGCAGCUGAGCCUGGGCAGGGUGCCAAUCAUGGUCAAGUCCGGUUCAUGUCAUCUGCGCCACCUCACGCAGGAGCAGCUCGUGCGGCGCAAGGAGGAGAGCAUCGAGCUCGGCGGCUACUUCAUCUGCAACGGCAUCGAGCGUCUCAUCCGCCUGCUCAUUGCUCCCCGCCGCAACUAUGUGAUGAAUCUGCGGCGCCCCACGCUGCUAAAGAAGGGGCUCAACUUCAGUGACAUGGCCACCACCAUCCGGUGUGUGCGCACGGACCAAUCAGCAGUGACCAACCGGGUCGUCUACGUCAACGACGGCAACGCAUGCUUCAACUUCUCCCUGAGGAAGCAAGAGUAUUUCAUCCCCGUGGGGAUCAUUCUCAAGUGCCUAGUGGACGUCUCAGAUGCAGAGCUGUACGAGCAUCUGACGGCCAUCCUAACAGCACAGCAGGCUGCAGCCGACCCUCCGGAGACCGACACGCAGCUCGCACCAACCGAAGGAGGAGCAGCAGAGGCAGCCACAAAACCACCGGCAGCAGCAGCGGCGGCGGGGUUGGGAACGCAGUUUGUGAGGGAGAGGGCGCUGGUGGUGUUGAGUCACCCGCGCUCUCUGGGCCUCUUCACUCGCAUUGAGUGUCUGGCUUUCCUUGGAAAGACCUUCCGACCUGCUGUCAACGUUCCCAGCUACAAGCCAGACGCAUAUGUGGGCCAGCAGAUCAUAGCGGACCUGGUGCUAGUGCAUCUCGACAAACCCAUGGACAAGCUGCGCCUGCUCGUCUUUAUGCUGCACAAGCUAUGGUCGAUGGUGGACGGGCUAUCACAGGAGGACUCAAUGGACACGCUCAUGCAUCACGAGCUCUACCUGCCAGGCCACAUCCUCAACAUCUUCAUCAAGGAGAAGCUGCAGGUACACCUGCACAAGAUCCAAGCGCACGCCGCCCAGGAGCUCGUCGACAACCCCACCACCACGGACCUCCGCGCCUCCAACUGGCUGCGCCGCCUCGUCGAGGGCGGCCGGCCCGGGGCGGCAGGGGCGGCGCCGGCGGGUGGGCUUUCGAUGACGUUUAUAGGGAAGGACAUCGAGUACAUGCUGAACACGGGGAAUCUGGCGAGCCCGUCUGGGCUGGACAUGCAACAGAGGUCGGGGUUCACUGUGGUGGCGGAUAAGCUCAACUGGCACCGCUACCUCUCGCAUUUCCGCUCCGUGCAUCGAGGAGCGUUCUUCUCCACUCUUCGGACGACUACUGUGCGCAAGCUGCUGCCCGAGGCUGGGCUGGCGAUGACGUUUAUUGGGAAGGACAUCGAGUACAUGCUGAACACGGGGAAUCUCGCGAGCCCGUCAGGGCUGUACAUGCAACAGAGGUCGGGGCUCACUGUGGUGGCGGAUAAGCUCAACUGGCACCGCUACCUGUCUCACUUUAGAUCCAUGCAUCGAGGGGCGUUCUUCUCCACUCUUCGGACCACCACUGUGCGCAAGCUGCUGCCAGAGUCGUGGGGGUUCGUGUGUCCCGUGCACACACCAGACGGCGCCCCCUGUGGCCUGCUCACCCACCUCUCAGCCCCAUGCACUGUCGCCGCCAACCUCAACCCCCCUUCCCUCUUUUCCACCCACCCCGUCUCAUCUCACGGCAGGUCGUGGGGGUUCGUGUGUCCCGUGCACACACCCGAUGGGGCCCCCUGCGCCUCGGGGCUAGGUUCGGGGGUAGGCUCGGUGAAGUCCCGCGACGCGAUUGGCCGAGCGGUGCUGCGGUGUCUGGCGCCGUUUGGGCUGGCGGCGGUGGGGGCGGGGGUGCCGCCCCCUGCCCCGCCUCCGGUGUUUCUGACGGUGAUGCUCGAUGGGUGUCUACUGGGGCACAUUCACUCAGAAAUGGCACCGGCCGCGGUGAAGCAUCUGAGUUCAGUGGGGCUAGUGGCAGUGUCUCUGAUGGUGAUGGUGGAUGGGUGUGUGAUGGGGCACAUUCAUUCCGAGAUGGCACCGGCUGGGAUCCCUCGGGACCUAGAGGUCGCCUUCAUCCCCUUCUCCCAGCAAGGAACCUUCCCGGGCAUUUUCCUCUUCUCUGCGCCGGCUCGCUUCGUUCGGCCUGUGCGGCAGCUGCCCUCCCUCAACCCCAGGGCCGCCGCUGCACCCACCUUCGAGCUCAUUGGCAGCCUCGAGCAGGUGAGCACUGGGGCAGGUGGGCACUGGGGCAGGUGGGCACUGGGGCAGGUGGGCACUGGAGCAGGUGGGCACUGGAGCAGGUGGGCACUGGGGCAGGUGGGUACUGGAGCAGGUGGGCACUGGAGUAGCAGUAGUAGCAACGAGAACGGCAUGGGAGCGAGGACUACAACUCUCCCAUGUCUCUUUCUUUCUUCUCCCACUUUUCCCCUUUCUCUCUUGUACCCCGUCUCCCCCUUCCCCCCUACUCCUUUCCGUCUCUUCUCCUUCAUCCCCCUCUUCCUCCCUUCCUAUCAGGUCUUUCUCGACGUGCUCUGCCCGGAUGCUCAUCGUGAAUUUCAAGUCGACGCAAAAAUCCCUCUCCCCGUCCUCUUCCUUCCCCACCCCUUCCCGGCCUUUCUCCCCCGGCAGGUCUUUCUUGACGUGCUCUGCCCCGAUGGUUCGUCGGCCCCUUCCGCCCCGUCCGGCCAAGCCUCGGCGACAGGUUCGGCGACGCACGAGGAGGUUCGGCCGACGGAUAUCCUGAGUGUGAUGGCGAGCCUGACCCCUUGGUCCGAUUACAACCAGAGCCCCCGCAACAUGUACCAGUGCCAGAUGGGGAAGCAAACGAUGGGCAUGCCGCUGCACUCGUUCCCCUUCCGCAACGACAACAAGCUGUACCGCCUACAGACGCCCCAGACGCCCAUCGCACGCACGGCAGCGUAUGACGACUAUGCCAUGGACCACUACCCCACUGGGGCCAACGCGGUCGUGGCCGUGCUGGCUUAUACCGGGUACGACAUGGAGGAUGCGAUGAUCAUCAACAAGUCGUCCAUGGAGAGGGGCUUUGGCCACGGUUACAUCUACAAGAACGAGGUGAUCGAGGCCACCCAGGGCUCAGCGGCACGUGUGGCCAAGUUCACGCCGUCCGGGCUGCCCGUGCAGAUGCUGGGGCGGGCGGCCAGUCACCGGCGCGGACACAAGUGGACCAUCGACACCGAUGGGCUGCCCCGCCCUGGGGAGCACAUCACGAGCGGCGACGUGUAUGCAUGCAAGGUGAACACGGUGACGGGCAAGGCGGACGAGAUCAAGCUCAAGGGGUCAGAGGAUGCGGUGGUGGACGGGGUCACGCUCAUCGGCACCGGCGCUAAGACAGCGCUCACUAAGGCAUCCGUGCGCAUGCGCUUUGGUCGCCUGCCACAAAUAGGGGACAAGUUCAGCAGCAGGCACGGGCAGAAGGGAGUGCUAUCACAGCUCUGGCCCGAUGUGGACAUGCCCUUCGCCUCCUCCUCCGGCAUCCGUCCAGACAUCAUAAUCAACCCCCAUGCCUUCCCCUCGCGCAUGACCAUUGGCAUGCUCGUCGAGUCAGUUGCUGCUAAGGGUGGAGCCUUGCACGGAAACUUCGUGGAUGCUUCCCCGUUCCGCCCUGCCACGCCCAACCCCCCGCCGCUCACCAUGAGCCUCAAGUCUCGCCAGCCCGCCCCGCGACGUGGCGCCUCCCGAUUGGCCCGUUCCUCUGCUGGUACCCCUGGUCUCUCCACUCCUGUACCCCGCCCAAAACUGCACAAGAAAUCUGGUGCCCCCCCCACCCCUGCUACUCCUGUCACUCCUGCUGCUGCUGGUGGUGCUGAGAAAGGGCCUGGAAGUUUCACACCCUUGGAUCUCCCAACCCCUGCUUCAUCUGCCAAGCCUGGCCUGGCUGCCAAACCUGCUGCAGGUCCGGCGGCAGCAGGUAGGGCGGGAGAAUCAAAUCAGCCACAGAAUCGCGAGGAUCUGGUGGACACAUUCGGGCGGCAACUGGUGGAAAAGGGAUUCAGCUACUAUGGCACAGAGACCAUGUAUAGCGGAGUGUACGGGUGCGAAAUGGAGUGUGAAAUUUACCUAGGAGUGGUGUAUUAUCAGCGGCUGCGGCACAUGGUAUCAGAUAAAUUCCAGGUGCGGUCUACCGGGCCUGUGAACCCGCUCACGCAGCAACCGGUGAAGGGGAGGAAGAAGGGCGGUGGAGUGCGGUUCGGAGAGAUGGAGCGCGAUGCAAUGCUGUCCCACGGCGCGGCGUUUCUCUUACACGACCGGCUACACUCGUGCUCAGACUACCACACCACUGACGUCUGCUCUCUCUGCGGCUCCCUGCUAGCUCCGGCGCUGUCUCGUCCCCGAGGCGGGUCGGCAGGUUCGGACACAGCUGUGGCGCUAGGCCUGGGGCUGGGGGCUGGCGUGGGGUAUGGGACGGUGGGGGGGGAGCUGCGACAGAAGAAGAUGGUGUGUCGUGUGUGUGGUACGGGGAAGGGCGUGGUGCGAGUGGCGAUGCCGUAUGUGUUCAAGUAUCUGGCUGCUGAGCUGGCAGCAAUGAACAUCAAGCUCACACUGGGUGUGUGA